AUGGAAACUGUUCCGGGAGGCUCCCGGAUUCCGACCAUUUCCACCGGAUUCCGUCGGAUUCCAUUGGAAUUUCUGUGGAAUUGGAAACCAGAAUGGCUGAGGCUCCAGCCAACUAGUUUCCGUCGGAAUUCCAUGGAAUUCCGACAUUCCACUUGGAAUCCGCCGGAACUCAUGGGGGAUGGUAAAGACCUCCCCUCCACUCACAGCAAGAGACAGGGCCACGUCAACCGAAACAAAAAGCGCCAAUUGGAGCGUGUCCUUCAGAAAGAGGGGAAUGCAAGGCGGGUGGAGAACUACAAGGCACGGCCAAACAUCCGGAAGAACCACAUUAGUGAUGCUGUGCCACUCAAAACAAAGUUUGACAGCACGAAAUUGUCAAUUGCAUCCACCGGAUACGUUGGUAUUCGAGGCGAUGGCUCCACGACCCUAUACACGGUGGAUCAACUGGUGGGACCACAUUCACGCUUUCAGUUUGACUAUGUAUCAUGGACCGGCGAAACAUCUAUACCCAUCGGAGACCACAAGCAACGCAUCAUCAUGGGGGUUGCCGAGGCUGCUGCGGAGGCAUGGGAGGCUGCUCGGCCUCAUUUCAAGCUGAGCAAGAAGGAUCGGCGGCACAGGAGAGGCAAGUAUCUCACAAGGAAUAUGGGCAUCUUGCACGGCGGAGGACAGACACAGCCAGGCAUACUACAGCAAGAUCCCUCAGAGGUGGAGCUUAUGGAAAGUCUUCGAAAACACGAGGCCUUUGUUCGAUUGGCAGGCCAUCAGUCUGGUAAGCAAAGGUCGUCUCCCUUCAAACAUUUCCACUCAGCCAGCGAACUGAUAGCCAUCUUAUCAACGUGGGCACCACGCCUUCACAAGUACUACGCCAACCCUCUUCAGGUCCUUCUCGACCACAACGAUCAAUUACAGCAGAACUUCGACAGCAGCGUCUUCGCCUCAUGCUGCUUCAACCUCGGGCCACAAACCAAAGGUGGACAUCUUGUUCUUUGGGAUCUCUGGCUGGUCAUUGAGUUUCCUGCCAGAUCAACAAUCUUGGUUCCUUCUGCUGCUGUCACUCACUCCAACACCCCCAUCCAACCUGGCGAGCGACGCUAUAGCUUUACCCAGUUUACCGCAGGCGGCCUCAUCCGAUGGGUGGACUAUGGCUUUCAAAAGAAGGAGGUAUACUUGGAUGGGCUUUUGGAGGAGGAGCGUAACACAGAGGAGCUGAAGGCAUCCGAACAGUUGUCCAUGGGAUUAUCUCCACUUCAGUCACCCAUUUUAGGGUACCUAUGA